AAGAAGAAGAAGAAGAAGAUGACGACUACGAAGAUUACGUAGCAUUGGUAAGAUAUUAUGCCCGCGUUCAAAAAAAUUGGAAACGAGGUCAACUCAUGACGUGAGUGACCGUUCAAAUCGUUUUUUUCCCAAAUUUGUUUUAGUUCCCAGUUGUUUUAAACCCUCAGAAGUCGAAGAUUUCCGAGUUCCCAGUUUCCAGUAGUUCUUAACGCGGCAUUUUUAAAAACAAGUUUAGACAUGGCAUUAAAACACGAGCUCAAGAAUCGAGCACCACUAGAGGCGAAAGAUGCCAGUCAUUUGUAGCAGCUGAGAAGAGUGCAGUGCUGAAACGUCCAAAGACGGCCCAUUCCUUGUGCAAAGAGUGCUUCUUCUGGGCCUUUGAGGAGGAGGUGCAUCAGACAAUAAUAUCAGCGCAGCUCUUCAAAGAUGGAGAAACUGUGGGCAUUGGUGCCUCUGGCGGGAAGGAUUCCACUGUGCUGGCACACCUCAUAUAGGUCCUAAAUGAGUGCUAUAACUACGGCCUGAAACUACUGCUGCUAUCAGUGGACGAGGACAUGACGUGUUACCGUGAUGACUCCUUGGAGACUGUGAAGAGAACCAGCAGCAGUAUGAACUACCUCUGAAGAUUGUGUCCUAUGAGGAGCUGUAUGGCUGGACCAUGGAUGCCAUAGUGAAACAGAUCGGACUGAAGAACAAUUGCUCUUUCUGUGGAGUGUUGCGAAGACGGGCGCUGGACAGGGGAGCCAUGAUCCUGAAGGUUGAUAAGAUAUGUACAGACGCUUUGUUGGCGGACCUGGAAUCCACGACGUCCCACAUCUCCAAGCAUCCUGUGUUCCUGUCUGAGGAGACCCCCUACUCCUUCCCCACUGGAGGGAACUCCUACCAGGAUGUGUCAGUCCCUCCCCCGGUGCCACCCCCUCCCUCGGCUGAGGCUCUGAAUGGCUCUGUGAUAGACUCCCUGGACUCCCACCACUCCUCCCAACAGUCCUUGGGUUCAGCUCCGAAGAGCUUAUGGUCCAGGGACAGUAGCAGCCCGCCCCUGUCCCACAUUGAAGAGGACCACGUCUACAGUUUCCCCAACAAACAGAAGUCUGCUGACCAGUCUGCGGCUGCUAUGAGCUCAGCUCUGGGCAGCAACCUGUCAGAGCUGGACAGGCUGCUCCUGGAGCUCAAUGCUGUCCAGCAGAACUCUCCCUCCUUCCCCACCACAGAGGAAACAGCCCCACCCCUGCCGUCCUGCAGCAUAACCCACUAUGUGCAGGAGAACGGGGGUCCCCCUGACAUCAUGGUGAGCCCUCCGUCUCAGGAGAAGACCAAACGGAACGGGAGCCAGGCGGUGGAGGAGGGCCGGCCCACUGUGGAGAGUCUGCUGGAUGAGCUGGAGGGCUCUGUACCCACUCCCAGCCCCUCUGUUCUUCACAAUGAGUUGGACUCUUCCUCUCAGCAGCAGGCCAGAAUGUCAGCUUCCUGUGCCACACGCGAACUUGAUGAGCUCAUGGCCUCCCUUUCCGACUUCAAGCCUGUCCUCGGCUCCUUGGGGUCUAUGAACUCUGACCUUCAGCUUGAUCAGGCAGGAACCUCCCCCAGUAUCAUUCUGGAGGUCCAUCCUCCUCCACGUACCUGCUCCUCCCUUGCUGCCCCCUCCUCCCUCUCACCCUCUCAACCUGCCUGUGACUCUCCUCUUUUCUCUCUACCUGCCUGGGAGCUGCACAUAGAGGAGCACAUUGGGGACUCGGGGGGGGCAGUGUCCCCUCCACAUCCCUCAUUAUCAAGCCCUCCCCCAGCUACUGUAACCUCCCAGAGCCCUCUGUCAUUUGCAGAGAGUGGCCCAGAACCAAAAGUGGUCAUCGACGUCUCUGCGACCAUCCUGUCAUCUCAUCAGAAGUCUCUGGUAGCCCUCAACCACUCCAACCCUUCACUUAUCACAUACCGAAGUCCUCCUAAUGCUGCUAAACCAUCACUGAACUCAGCCAGUGUCACCCUGGACCAUAACCCCUUAAAACCCCAUAGUCCAUUUCUAGAACUUGGUACAACUCCCCCUACUGUUACCAAGAGCACCAGUCCCCUAACUGACAUGGAUCUAUGUUUCUCUACUCCAACCAAGAGUCUUAGUCCUGUUCCUGUCUCUAUCUCCAAGACUCCUUCACCUCUCCAUGCUUCUGUCACCAAGAGUCCUACCCCUCUCACUGCUUCUAAAGCCCCCUCACCAUCUCUGGUCACGUCUCCCAAGUCUCCCUCUCCCCCAGCUCUCACCAGCCCCAAGAUCUCCAGGAGAGUUCUGGAGCCAGUCCCUGCAGCUGAGCCCUCUCUGGAUGAAGCCCUGGAUAAGCUGCUGGCCAUGAGUUUCACUAAGAUGGAGAACGACAGAGUCCCUACUGACACACUGCAGUUGAAGGGGGAGGCACCUCAGCUGAAGAGGGAAGUGGUGCAGAAGGUACAUGAGGAGCUCAUCAUGCCCUUAGACAGAAGGGAUGUUCAACCAGACACUACCGGGUGUACCCGGGAUGGGGCAAGUACCCGUGAGGGGACAAUUACCCGGGAUGGGUCAGUAAUGAGUGGACACAUAGAUGGGCACAGGGAGCUCAUGGACUGGGCUGAUGUGGAGCUGAACAUGUGUCUCCAAGAUGGACUGGAUGGUAGUAUGACUCCUUAUACAGAGAGACCUUAUACAGAUGGGAGCAUGACCCCGAUGACUGAGGCCAGCUGGAUGGAUGAGUCCCUGGAUGGCUCCUCCUGCCCUGGAACUCCUGAUGCUGCCAUGGACCUACCUCUGCUGCAGCCUGCCACCAUGGACAGGGUCUCUGCAUCUGGACAUCUUAAGUCCGUGAUUAGGCGCACCAAGGAGACCCCCAAUGUGCACCCCAUGUACCGAGAGGGUCACCCCCGGAGGGGGCGGAUGGGCCCCAUCAUCGUCAACAAGAGCAGCUCACAGGACCGCCUCAUAGAGGAGCUGCAGGGGAAACUGGGGAUUGGCCGAUUGGCUGACCGCCGGCGCAAGCAGCCGGACGAUUGGCUCACUGAGGGUGUCAUCGUCAUGUCUAAGCCACAGCGUUUCCGUGGCGAUGGGGCUGCGAAUGAGGUGGACAAGAUCAUGGCCCAGGGGAAAGGUGGCCCUGGAGGCCCCCCAACACAGGUCAACAAGCUGGACAACAUGCUCGGCAGUCUGCAGUCUGACCUCCAUAAACUGGGUGUGCAGACUGUGGCCAAGGGAGUGUGUGGGGCCUGUUGUAAACCCAUCGUGGGACAGGUGGUUACUGCCAUGGGGCGCACGUGGCACCCAGAGCACUUUGUGUGUACCCACUGUCAGGAGGAGAUAGGUUCCAGAAACUUCUUUGAGCGUGACGGAGCGCCCUACUGUGAGAUGGACUACCACAACCUGUUCUCCCCCCGCUGCCACUACUGUAACGGCCCUAUACUGGAUAAAGUUGUGACCGCGUUGGACAAGACAUGGCAUCCUGAACACUUCUUCUGUGCUCAGUGUGGAUCAUUCUUUGGCUCAGAAGGCUUCCAUGAGAAGGACGGGAAGGCGUACUGUAGGAAGGACUACUUUGACAUGUUUGCGCCGAAAUGUGGCGGCUGUGCCCGAGCCAUCCUGGAGAACUACAUCUCUGCGCUAAACUCCCUUUGGCAUCCAGAGUGCUUUGUUUGCAGGGAGUGCUUCACCCCAUUUGUGAAUGGGAGUUUCUUUGAGCAUGAUGGGCAGCCCUACUGUGAGGUGCACUACCACGAGCAGCGCGGCUCCCUCUGCUCGGGUUGCCAGAAGCCCAUCACCGGCCGCUGCAUCACAGCCAUGGGCAAGAAGUUCCACCCGGAGCACUUUGUUUGUGCUUUCUGCCUCAAGCAGCUCAACAAGGGCACCUUCAAGGAUCAGAACGACAAGCCCUACUGCCAGGGCUGCUUUGUGAAGCUCUUCAGUUAGGGAGUGGAUUUUCUGUGUGUGUGGCUCACAAGCUUGUAUCAGAAAGUGUUUGUGUAGCUCUGGUAGUGUGUGCAAAUUGGAUUGUGUGUGUUUGAAUUGUUUUAGAGGGAUGUCUGUAUACUGAUGGUGUGUAUGACAAAAGUGUGUGUGUUUCAGGUAGUAUGUGUGUGAGAUUCCAGCAUUCUCUUUUUGGCCCUUGAAGUGUAAUGGACAAUCAUAUCAGGUCUCUGCCUGUGCGCUCUCUGUGACGCUCAGAAUAGUGUGAUUUCAAACCCAAAUAGUUUUGCUUUGCUUUUGCAGUCAGAGUAAAUACUUGCUGAACACUGUAAGAACACAUGGAAUACGUACAUGGAAGUGUUUUGAAGUUGCUGCUCACUGGUUGAGUGUCUCUUGAAAACCAUUUGAAAUGUGUCAUGUUAUUAGAUCAGGGAGAUGUUGACCUGUCAUUGUUUUGUUUUUAAUCAGCUGAGGCCUUAUUUCAACUGCUAAAGCAAAGGCCUCGGUGAGAUUUAUUUUGUUUGCUGUCUGAGUAACAGAACAGAUGCAUAUAAUGAUGUCAUUGUAGCUUUGACUGGAAAUAGGCUGUGGGUCAGUCAUUAUUUUAGUACUUGUGAAGCACAUGGUCGUGUCAUCAGACCCCUGUGGACUCAUUUUCACACACGGGGCCUUGUGACACACAAUCAUUAACACCUCCACACAAUCAUUUGGUGUUUGACAAACAUACGAAUGCUGACAUGUUACAAUUUAGAUUUAAUGUAUAUUGGAACGUUUCUAUAAAAUGUAUUUGAAAAGAUAUUCAUUUACAACAAAUAAUAUUUGACUCCCUCUGUUUGGAAAAUCGGAGUCACGUAUAACGACAAAUGGGGAGAUGGAUAAUAUUGUUACUUUGUCACCUUCUCCACUGCCUACUCAGUCCUUUUAGAGCUUAACCCUUAGUUGGACUGGUUUGGAGUUUCCUUUAUGUUCAGAAAGUGCUGAUGCAGUAUAAAAGAGUAUGCCACGAUAAACAAUUGAAUUUAUUCUGCAUACAGGAAACGGUUACAUUUUACUGUGAGAAUACUGUAUACAAAGCGCUGGUCAGUUAAUAGUUUAAAUAACCACUCAUUAAGAGAAAGCCUCUUAGAAAUUUCAAAGCAGAGAUGCUUUUCUAUUGUUCAAUAUCUGUGACAUUUGCUGAGCCUAUGUGAAGUUACUGUGCAUUGAGUUUCACUUUUUGUAAAAUAAAUAGAAGAAUACAGCACAAGGCGUUAUAACCCCUUAUGUACGUACACAGAUUCUAUGCAAACAAUACUGUGUGCAGCUGCAAACAUUUAACUCAACAACCCUCCUGACUCUAUCCAAGUGAUGCUUUCAAGGAAUAGGCCUAUCUAUGUUCUGUUCCAAUAUAUCAAUGCAAUGUCUUUUACACUGGGGAGACCAGCAAGGAAUCCUAUUGUUUAUAGAUGGGGAGUCCUGGACUAUCUCUUCAGAUUUCUGUCAGUGUGAGUCCACUGGAUAAUGUGUGUUGAUAUUGGUCUGAGUGCAAUGUGCAGGAUCUACUGUACACCAGUUGUGUUUGUGGGCUUGUAUUCUUAUCUAUCACAAUUUUAUUGGGUCUGUAUCUUGUUCAGGGAUUUACACCCAGAGCUUGUAAAUCUCUGUUCAUUGUUUUAUUUAAAUAAUUUAACCAUUUGUCUACUCAGAAUCAUUGUAGUUGGCAGUUAUUUAACCAAAGUGAGUUUUUUUAUUGAAAUUGUGUCCCUUGUCACCUUUUCAUUUGAGAUGUCAUAGUGCUGAAUUUUACAUUUCAACUUCAAUGGGGUAAGACUAGGGCAUGGACGUUGCAGGGAUCCCGGUUUGCAAUAAGCAUAUUUUGAAACUCAUCUUUGCAGCAGAUACACAACCUAGUUAACUCGGCACAUACUGUUGUGGAAGGUAAAUCUCAAUUGAUACUUUUUUACUGUCAUCCUUCCUUACUUUUUUUUCUCAACGUUCCACACAUCAAGGGCAAAAGAGUAGGCUAGGGUUAUGUCAAAACGGGCCACACUCGUUUGAUGCCACUUCAAUACGGCUUCGAUACACUUCCGUAGUAGGUUGGGAGAGCGUUGUCGCUAGGAACCCUAGAGAGGAAGAGGCGAAGCGAGAGGUUUUAUUCCGCCCAAAAUCUGUCCACGAAAACAAGACCAUGAAGUGUGGGCUAGGUUUCCAUCAAAUUGGCAACAGCUUUUCAUGCAAAUAUUCAAAUCCGCAUAAAAAUAAUAUGCGCAUUUCGAGAUGUUUCCAUCAAAUAAAGUUGUUGCAGAAUAAAAGGCUGUGCGCGAUGACGUAGUGCACAUUACAAAAAACUUAAAUGGCUGUCGAUCGCAAUUUCAACUACUGGUGGUUUUGCCAAAACAACAUGUGUUAUAGCGAAUGUGCCCACUCUGGUCUUGGCACGUGCUCUCUAACCAACGGCUCGCAGUGCGGGUAGACUAUCUAGAUGAUGAGGUUAUUAUGAAUAAGAGUGAGAUCAUUUUUAUUUGUCAAACGGAAGCCAAGCAUCGGUCAUCAUGACACCAGGAUAAUAUCCUCGAUAUUUAUUGGAAAGCAGCAUCAAGCUCAUCACCGUGCGCUUUCACCACCCUGUGCAAUUCAUCAUUUAUUUAAUCUGUAGCCUAAUAAACUGCAUGGUUUCCCUGGUCAUAGUGGGAGGACAACACAGCCUAUCAUCGCGCCACUCCAAAAUUACUUCGAUAUGUUGGUUAUUAUAUAAAUAUUUGGGCAUAAUGGCGUUUCCACAUAAAUUUCUCGCAUAAAUAAUUUUACUGACACAAAAAGAUCCCACCUUGUCUAGCGUAUUUUGUUUGGUCAACAUUGGGAAAGUUUACAGACAAAUUAGAUGUUUCCAUCAGCAACCUGACCUGUCAUAAAUAUAUUAAAAAAAAAAUAUCCGACAUGUACUUUACAAGCAUAAAAAGGUUGGAUGGAAACCUGGUUAAUGAAAGUGGUGACUUUGGUCAACAAGAACAAAAUAUACUACUAUAUACUAAUAUACUAAAAUGGAGAUACAAAAACGAGUCCUCUAUCUCUAUGGUCUGUUGUUCACAAGCGUAUCUGCCCUCUCAUUGGCUAGAAUGGUUCCACAUCUCGCCUCCUCCAGCCUGCCUUCCAUCUUUGAGGACAUUUUUAAUAAAAAAUUAAUAAUUACUUAUUUAAUUAGGAAAUUCAGUUAACAACAAAUGAUUUACAAUGAUGGCAUGUUAGAGUGGAUCACUUUUGUCAAGUCCAAUACCAUUGCUGAUCACCUCCUUUGAAAGAGUUGUAUUCUGGGGAUAUAAAUUGUCCGACUUGUCGACUGCAUGAACUUUACAAACAUCAUGUGAUCAAAGGCCAAAGUUUCUGCAGUUGCUCUUCACCAACUUCAUCCUGCAGGAUCACCUGCAUUGUGGGAUGUUCUAUUGUCAACCAAUCAUUAUUGUGUUUUUGUUUGACCAAUGCAAACGUGAUCAAUGACAUGACUGAAACUAGUUUAAAGAUUUAAUGUCAUGGCACAAGUACAGUGAAAUGCCUUUCUUGCAAGCGCCAAACACAACAAUGCGGUAAUCAAUAUCAAUGUAGCACUGAAAACAACAAGGUAGAACAAAAAAACACAAUAAAUAAAAAUUAGAAAGUAAGACGCCAUAUACAGGGUCAGUACCUAAACCAUAUUUACAAUGUGCAGGGAUACUGGAGCGAUAGAGGUAGCUAUGUAUAGGGGUAAGGUGACUAGGCAUCAGGAUACUGUAUGGUAAACAGAGUAGCAGCAUAAAUUAUGAUUGUAUGUUGUUUUUAUUGUUUUUAUUUACUUUUCUGCACUUUUGCACACCAGUAUUUCUACUUGCACAUCACCAUCUGCUCAUCUAUCACUCCAGUGUUCAUUUGCUAAAUUGUAAUUACUUCACUACUAUGGCCUCUUUAUUGCCUUACCUCCUCACGCCAUUUGCACACACUGUAUAUAGAUUUUCUUUUUUUUCUAUUGUGUUAUUGACUGUACGCUUGUUUAUUCCAUGUGUAACUCUAUGUUGUUGUUUGUGUCGCACUGCUUUGCUUUAUCUUGGCCAGGUCGCAGUUCUAAAUGAGAACUUAUUCUCAACUAGUUUUCCUGGUUAAAUAAAGGUUAAAUAAAAAAUUAUAAAAAU